AUGAGCUGCUGGUGGGCUGGAGCGACGCCCGGCAGCGGUGUGGGUCACGGCAGCAGUAACAGAGGCGUCGCCAGCCAUGAAGGCCGCGCUCGUAUCGAGUGCCGUGCUCCUGAUGCUGCUGCUGCUGCUGCUGCUGGUACCGCAGGCGCCUGCGGAGGAGCCCGACCACUGGGAGCGCCGCGAAGUGUGUACUCCUGGCGAUACGAUGACGGAAGACUGCAACGAUUGUUUCUGCAUCGACAGGGGACAAUGGAUGUGCACUCUCAGGAAAUGCGGCAAGCAGAAAAGACAGGCGAGAUGCCCGCCUGGGACUACGUUCCUGAGGAAGUGCAGCAGGUGCGUCUGUGACGAUGACGGAGAAACGGCCAAGUGCACCAGGACAUGCCCUGGCAAGUAGAAUG